ACAAAGCCAAUCAGAAACGGCCACCAGCCACCUGCAGGAAGUUGGCCGUCCAUUUAUCUCCUCCCUUCUUCGGCUGAAGUCAGAUAACAGACCCAGCAGUUGGAUCCAGUGUCAGCUGGUCACCAGUCCGACCUGAUGGGCACCAAAACACUUUAACGGUCCCCUGCGCAGCCCUGGAACCCUCUUUGAUUUGGGAAGUUAGAAAAGUAACUCAGCUUCAGAGUUGGGGCACACGGAACACUCUGGAUCGAAGACUUUAGGUCCUGUUAGACUUAGUCUGGAAGAGACGGGGAGACGCGCACACCACCAUGAGCGUCCCGCUUUACGCACCGACCCCCAUCCAGCCGGCUCACCCGACCCCCUUCUACAUCGAGGACAUCCUGGGGAGGACUGCCUCGGCCACCAUCUCUUCUUCGUCCUCCUCGUCCUCGUCCUGCUCCACACCGGUGAUCCCCACGCCGACACUCCCGUCAGCGAACUCCUCCUUCACCAGUCUGAUUUCUCCCUACCGGACACCGAUUUACGAACCCACGCCGAUCCACCCGGUGCUGUCCCACGCCGCGCUGACUGCGACGUACGGUCCCGUUGGAGCCUUCAGCGGCUCCAUGUACCCGUUCCACCCGCCGCAGCACCGCUCCAUGGGGGAGUACGCACAGGCGCUGCUCCGGCAGGACCCCCUCGGAAAGCCCCUGCUGUGGAGCCCGUUUAUCCAGCGGCCUCUGCACAAAAGAAAGGGAGGCCAAGUCCGGUUCUCCAACGACCAGACCGUCGAACUGGAGAAGAAGUUCGAGACGCAGAAAUACUUGUCCCCUCCAGAGAGGAAACGCCUGGCUAAGAUGCUCCAGCUCAGCGAGAGACAGGUUAAGACCUGGUUUCAAAACCGACGAGCCAAGUGGAGGAGAUUAAAACAGGAAAAUCCUCAGUGUGGGAAGAGGGAGGUGGAGGAUGACGGUGCGCUCGGGAGGAGCUGUAAAGCAGAUAAAAUGACAGAGCAAGUGGGGAUCCAGAGCAUGGAGCACCGGCAGGCAGGCCCAACCCCCCAGCUGACCCCGGGGGGGCACCAUGUGCACUCUGGGUCUGCGCAGUCCCCCACAGAUCUGGACUCUGAUGUGUCCGAUGAUUCGGACCAGGAACUGGAUAUAGAAAACAACAGUGAGUUAACACUAAAGCCAUAAUUGUGCAGCAUAGGUCAACUGGAUCCUCCUCAGCAUUCCGUCUGGAUGAUAAACACCGCUGGAGCCUUGGACAGCGUCCUGUUUCCAAAACUAGGUCUGUUUGCUUUCCUGGGAAGUAAGAAUGUGGAAAUAACAUUAAAUAAAAAGUUGUCGUAAAGAGACUUAACCGGGAAUUGGGAAUUGUCUUCACAUUUGGGACCAGAUCUUUUUACCUUGCUUGAUCCCUAGUGAUGGCUAAAUGCUGCACUGUGCAGCUCUGUUAUCUAGACAGGGAUAUAUGGAACAUUCAGUCCCUUCUUCUCUUCUUUACUCGCCUCUUGUAUAUAUGAUGUAUAGUACUUUUUGGGUUGUAUCAGUACUGACUGCUACUGCCAGAUGAUCAAUGUAAAUAUGUGGUAUUUCCAUCCUUCUUUUGGUAUGUAUUUUCAGAUUGUGUUAUUCAAAGAAAUAAUCCAUAGAGCAUAGAAAGUGUUUUGUUUUGUCAUGUUUAAGGGAUUGUUUCAUGACCAGAAUAAAGACAUUUUAACACACAUUCA